UCUGUUUACCAGUCUUUUCCCCCUCAGGAUCUUCAUACGUGGCUUGUGGAGGAGGCGGCGGCGGGGGGUUAAAGGCAGCUGCAGACGGCCCAUUCCUGCCUUCAGCUGCCGGGGGGAAUCUUGACAGUUUUCGGCGCAAGCCAGCCUCCGUCAAGUCGGGUUGGAUGGCAGGGACACUCCGGUGCAAACCCCAUUUAAGCAACAAGGAUUACCAAUUACAGGUGCUCUUCGGCCCUUGGUACGGAUGAAAGCUGAAGGCCGCCACAAGCCCAUCUGGGCGGCUAAUGUCGCUGCUCUGUGUGUCGUACUCGCCAUAUUGAUGCUGACAACUCAAGGGGCGUCAGGCCAAAAGAUGAUACAAACAGCCAUGGCUCAUGCUACAGCCACGGCCGCAGGACCGGGCCCUAACCUCACAGAUGACCUCCAGGGCCUCCAGGCGCUAGCGGACUUCCUAGCCAGCGAGCGCGCUCAUGUUUGGCUCUUGUCCCUAGCGGGAUCAUUUGUCGUCGGACUCACUGGGAUUUUUCCCUUGCUCAUCAUUCCCAUUGAAGCUGGAGCAGCGCUCAAAACCGAAGCCGGAUGCCAGAAGCUAAAGCAGCUUUUGAGCUUCGCAAUUGGUGGCCUUCUUGGUGACGUGUUCCUCCACCUCCUUCCUGAAGCUUGGGCGCUCUCCGGUUCCUCAGCCAGUAAAGGAAAGCACUGCAUGACCCAAGGAUUGUGGGUAAUCGCUGGCCUGCUGGCCUUCCUCCUCCUAGAGAAGAUGUUCCCAGACCAAGAUGGCCACAAGGACACGCCUUCUCAUUCGGACCUGAAUUUUAACUCCACCACGCAUUCAAAUUCAGCGUACAACGGAAAGAGCGUUGUGUUGAAUGGAAAUGGGACACACGGCGACUCUCGGGCGUCUUCAAAGCAUCCGAGUCUGCAGGAAACAUCGGAAAAUGUCAAGACAAGCGGCUACCUGAACCUGCUGGCUAACUGCAUUGACAACUUCACCCAUGGGCUAGCUGUCGCCGGGAGCUUCCUGGUCAGCAAAAAGGUCGGCUGCCUGACAACCUUUGCCAUCUUGCUUCAUGAAAUUCCACAUGAGGUGGGGGACUUUGCCAUUUUGCUGCGAGCCGGAUUCGACCGCUGGCGGGCCGCUCGUCUGCAGCUGUCCACCGCACUCGUCGGCGUCCUGGGCGCCUGCUUUGCGUUGUGUGCCCAAUCACCGGAAGGCGCGGAGAACGCCACAGCUUGGAUACUACCUUUCACUUCUGGUGGAUUCCUCUAUAUCGCCUUGGUGAAUGUGGUCCCGGACUUGCUGGAGGAGUCCAGUUUCAGACACUCCCUUGUCCAGAUCCUGCUCAUCUUCUGCGGCGUGGCGGUCAUGGGUCUCCUGUCGGCUCUUUGAGCCUUUUGAGGGACAGUCGUCUAGAAGUAGUAAGGACGGUGUGGAAGUCCUCGCCGUUGUUUGAUGCCACUCAUACGCGACAGCUCACAAUACAACUUUAUUGACACUCCAACUAAAUAUCCCAGUGGUAAGUCAUAAUUAGGAGAUUUUUGUUUUUUUUUUUAAGAUGAAAUUAUGAGAUAAAAAGUCAUAAAUUUAAGAUUAGAAGUGAAAGUUAUGAGACAUGUCAUAAUUUUAACAUUAGAAGUGAAAGUUAUGAGAUAAAAUGUCAUUCUGAGAUAGGAACGUCAUAAUUACGAGAUAAAAAUUCAUAAUUUUAAGAUUAAAAGUGAAAGUUAUGAGACAAAAUGUCAUAAUUUUAAGAUUAGAAGUGAAAGUAAUGAAAUAAAAUGUCAUUUUGAGAUCGGAACAUCAUAAUUAUGAGAUAAAAAAGUCAUAAUUUUAAGAUUAGAAGUGAAAGUUAUGAGAUAAAAAGUCAUAAUUUUAAGAUUAGAAGUGAAAGUUAUUAAAUAAAAUGUCAUUCUGAGAUAGGAAAGUCAUAAUUAUGAGAUAAAAAGUCAUAAUUUUAAGAUAAGACGUGAAAGUUAUGAGACAAAAUCUCAGAAUUUUAAGAUUAGAAGUGAAAGUUAUGAGAUAAAAUGUCAUUCUGAGAUAGGAAUGUCAUAAUUAUGAGAUAAAAAGUCAUAAUUUUAAGAUUAGACAUGAAAAUUAUGAGAUAAAAUGUCAUUCUGAGAUAGGAACGUCACAAUUAUGAGAUAAAAAUUCAUAAUUUUAAGAUUAAAAGUGAAAGUUAUGAGACAAAAUGUCAUAAUUUUAAGAUUAGAAGUGAAAGUAAUGAAAUAAAAUGUCAUUUUGAGAUCGGAACAUCAUAAUUAUGAGAUAAAAAAGUCAUAAUUUUAAGAUUAGAAGUGAAAGUUAUGAGAUAAAAAGUCAUAAUUUUAAGAUUAGAAGUGAAAGUUAUGAAAUAAAAUGUCAUUCUGAGAUAGGAAAGUCAUAAUUAUGAGAUAAAAAGUCAUAAUUUUAAGAUUAGACAUGAAAAUUAUGAGAUAAAAUGUCAUUCUGAGAUAGGAACGUCACAAUUAUGAGAUAAAAAGUCAUAAUUUUAAGAUUAGAAGUCAAAGUUAUGAGACAAAAUGUCAUAAUUUUAAGAUUAGAAGUCAAAGUUAUGAGAUAAAAUGUGAUUCUGAGAUCGGAACGUGAUAAUUAUGAGAUAAAAAUUCAUAAUUUUGAGAUUAGAAGUGAAAUUUAUGAGAUAAAAUGUCAUUCUGAGAUAGGAAAGUCAUAAUUAUGACAUAAAAAUUCAUAAUUUUAAGAUUAGAAAUGAAAGUUAUGAGAUAAAAUGUCAUUCUGAGAUAGGAAUGUCAUAAUUAUGACAAAAAUUCAUAAUUUUAAGAUUAGAAAUGAAAGUUAUGAGAUAAAAUGUCAUUCUGAGAUCGUAACGUCAUAAUUAUGAGAUGAAAAGUCGAAGUGAUGAGAUAAAGAGAAUAAAAAGUCGAAAAAUAUAUCUCAUAAUUCUGACUUUUUAUCCUAUAAUUUUGACUUUAUUCAUAAAUUAUGACUUUCUUUAUCUCAAAAUUCUAACAUUUUAUUUAAUCAGAUGAACUAUUUAUCCCAUAAUUUCACCUUUUUUGCCUUUCAUGAUGACUUACCAUUGGGAUAUCUUUGUUUCUUUCAGUGGCGGGAAAACAAUCUUCCAUAUUAUUAUGCUAUUCCUUAAACAAAAUAGCACUUUAUGAAUCGGUGACUCGGAAUGACCACCUCCAUAUGCUGACAGGAAAUAGUGUUAAAGGAAAUAAGAUAUUUUUUGAAUGGAUGACUGUUACCAUAUUGUCUUAUACUGUACAUCUUGUACAUCAAUCCCGUGUUGCACAUGCAAAACAUCCAGUAGGUUUACCUCUUUUUAAAAUGGAUGCAAUUGUAGCAGCUGCUUAUUUAUUAAAAAGGACACCCGACUGCAUACA